AUCGGGGGUCAAUCAUCCUUCCGGCUUCCGUACGACGAGUAUCAAAAUUGUAACGACUGCAAUUACAUCUGGCGCAAUUGGCGCAAUAGCAACCUCUGUUAUACUACUAUGGAAGACCCCACAAACCAGACUCGUUGCCUUGGAUAAAAAUGACCAAAAUACGGCGACCGUCGACCAGACAGACGAUCCCGACAGAACCCUGAAAGAUCUUCCCAGCAGCUAUGAAUCGUGGAGAAAUCUGCAUGGUGCGGUAUACAGAACGACUUGGAACAAGUUCCGUACCUUCUUUGCGGACCAUGGAUGUCGGCUUUGGGAGGGACGAUUUGAUAGGAACCUUCUCUCUCCAGACCGAGACGACGAACCCAUCAUCUGCAAUGGUUUCAAGUUCCUGAACGCAGCAUGCAUCAAGACCACCAUUCUUCGACACUUUUGCGUGAUGAACGGACUCAUAAACGCCUGCCAUUGCCCUAGAAGCGGCGACAAAGUUAUACGGGUAAUGGCACACAACGACGUUGGGUUUACCGGAUUGAACAUCCUAAGAUUUCUAUCGACGACCCCACAAAUUCUGGUGGAGAACAAUCACAUUCUCCCUCUCCUCGAUGAGCUCAGAACUGGUGAUCUCGUCUUUGGCAUCUUUCCAUUGCUGAUGGGACCCAAUUUAUCAACUGUAAUGCACCUUGGAGUAUUAAAUAGUGUGGCGGAUAUUAUGGAUUUGUUAUUAGAGGCAUUCGAGGGUGUGGCGUUCCUACACGCAAAUGGUAUCGCUCAUCGGGAUCUCUUCCUGACAAAUUUUAUCAUGGAAUGGUGCCCUGAUCACACAAAAUUCAAGACGCAUACUCAUCCCCGUGUCUACACCAUUGAUUUCGAGACGGCGAUUCCACUUCUCUGAGGAUAAUAGAGAACAUGUAACGAGUACCUUCCCUGUGCUCAACCGAUCCUGGUAUCGCCGCCCUCUGGCUCCAGAGUUAGAGACAUCCGAUGCGCCAGAUUGCCCUUUCCGAUUGGAUGUGUGGCAGUUAUCGAAGGAUAUAUUACGAUCCAAAGUGGCAUCCUUUUCGCAGGUCCAUAUGACAGUCUAACGCUAUGAUGUAGAUCAAUUUUCCAUCAGUGCAAGAAAUUAUAGAAGCUAUGAAUGUCGAUGAUCCCGCCCAACGGCGGACGAUUCAGGAAGCCCUGGAUAAGAUGGCGCAGUGCGUAGAAAGCAUCCCGGAAGUGGAGUUGAUGGCGAUGAGAAUGCUCGAUAAUGAAGACGAAUUUGUUUAUUACUCUGACGAAUGAUGCGUCAUGUGUAGGCUCGGGAUCAUGUUUCAUAUCUAUAUCCAUC